AUUCUCCCAAAAAAAAAAGCGCCGAAAGGUAGGCAAUUGGAGAAAUUUAAAUGGAACGAGGUUGAACUUGAAAUAAAUAACCGUUGCUAGGGACACCCAAAGAGUUUGUUUACACCGUGAAAACUUUUUUAUUUUUUUAGUUUUGUUAUCCAAUUUCAUUGUGUCAAGACAAAAAUUGUCAAGUCUAAUGAAAUUAAAAAAGUUCUAUCUACGUUACUACCCGCCAGGAAUUGCAUUGUGCUAUACCAAAAGCAACAUUGAUGAAAUAAAAGUAAUAAGUUUGCAUGAUCUAACCACCAAAACUGAUAUUGGAAAAUUGGCGGAGAACAUAGCGGCUUCCGAGGCACUAAUAACACCAAAUGUUCUCCCCCAGCUUAUUGAUUUGCUAAUGAAAUUGCAAAACAAGCUGAAGGAGCCAAUAAAGAAAAAAUUCUACAUCCAUAAAACAUUCAACACUCACGUCCUGCCCAUCACGAAUGUCUGCUUCGAUAAGUCUGGCCAUCGAUUUGCUACAGGGAGCUAUGAUAGAACGUGCAGGAUAUGGAAUGUGGAGGCUGGUGUCGAGGAGAACAUCUUGCGUGGACAUGAGAAUGUCGUAUUUGCCGUGAACUUCAAUGCACCAAAGUGUGACCGCAUAGUAACAGGAUCAUUCGAUAAAACCGCCAAGGUCUGGAAUGCAUCGUCUGGUGCCCUUCUGAGAACCUUCCAUGGACAUGCCAAUGAAAUUGUGGCGGCAGAAUUCAAUGUGCUCAAUGACGAUGAAAUUGCCACGGCGUCAAUGGAUGGCACAUCACGGAUAUUUCGUGUGGAGACCGGUCAGGAGACGCACAAUUUGGUCGGUCAUGAGGAUGCCAUUAUUUCUGCUCGUUUCGAUAAUGACGGCAAUCUUCUGCUCACGGGAUCAUUCGAUGGAACAGCCAAAGUAUGGGAUUUAAGGAAUGGCAAAGAUGUGAUAACUUUUCAUGGACACAAUGCAGAAAUCAGCAAUGCAAUCUGGAAUGUCAAUUGCAAAAUGAUCGCCACAGGAUCACUAGAUUCAACGGCUCGUCUUUGGGAUAUUCGCGGAAGGAAUAAUUUCCAUACAGUGGAUGAUCAUACAGAUGAAGUUUUGGACGUCUCGUUUGACUACAGUGGUCAGCACCUGGCCACUGCAAGUUCUGACUGCACUGCGAAACUUUGGAACAUCGUUGGGAAUGUUGAAAAAAUAGCCACCAUGAUGGGUCAUACAGAAGAAAUAUCAAAAAUCAGUUUCAGUCCUCCCGGUCUGCUAAUUCUCACAGCUUCAUCAGAUCGAACGGCUAGAAUCUGGACCCUGGAUGGAACGUGUUCUCAGGUUCUCAGUGGACAUACGGGGGAGAUUUUUUCAUGUGGCUUCAAUUACAUUGGAGACACAAUAGUAACGGCUUCGAAGGACAACACUUGCAAAAUAUGGAGAUGAUUUUGUUGGUAUACAGUGUAAUUGCUGUAUCAAAACCAAUUAUAAAGUGUAAAUAAACAGUAA